GUGGCGAGUUUUAGUUCAGUUUUGUUUUGUUUUUGGUUUUUGGAGAUAACGGACAAUUAACCAUACGCACACAGGUGCAAGCGGGACCUGCACACACCUGCUUGUACGGUGAACAUCACACAAGAACACAACAACUAAAACAAAUUAGUAAUAAAUAAUAAUAAUAAACAAAGCCAUCCAUCCCAUUCAGAAAAUGACAGCCCGCAAUCCACAGACCUUAAUGGCUCUGCCUAAUGAGGAGAAUUUUGAUUUUCUAUUCAAAAUUGUUCUAAUUGGCGACUGUGGCACGGGGAAAACUUGCAUUGUGGAACGCUUCAAGACAGGCAACUUCGUUGAGCGUCACGGGAAUACAAUUGGAGUUGACUUCUCCAUGAAGACCAUUGCAGUGGAGGGUAAACAAGUAAAGCUACAAAUCUGGGAUACAGCUGGUCAGGAGAGAUUUCGUACUAUUACACAGAGCUAUUAUCGCUCGGCCAAUGGUGUCCUAAUAGUUUAUGAUAUUACAAAGCGUUCUUCCUUUUCGAAUCUUCAGAAAUGGAUUGAAGAGGUCCGUAGAUAUACAGCUUCCAAUGUGCUAAUCAUAUUGAUUGGCAACAAAUGUGAUUUGGAUGAGGAGCGCGAAGUGGAUUUCGAGGAGGCCCGCCAAAUGUGUCAAUAUAUACCUGAAAUAUUAUUUGUUAUGGAAACAUCGGCCAAGUCCAAUAUGAAUGUGGAAGAUGCAUUUCGGUGUUUGGCCACUGAAUUAAAGCGACAACACGAUGCCAAUAAUGUGCAAGAAGUGGAUGAUCACACAAUAACGCUGGGCCAGAGUAAACCACUGAAAAGUUGCAGCAGUUCCUGUAACCUAACUUAAAGCAUAUAUUUUUUAUUAAUCUGUGUGUUUAACUGCAUAACUUUUAUUUUUAUGUUAUUUGUUUUAACCUCACACUAUAUUCAUCUCUAUAUAUCUUUUGUGAUCAAAACUGUUUCGCGUGGCUAUAUAUAUACACCAUAUAUAUACUUAUAUAUAUAUAUAUAUUUAGUAAUCUACUUUAACCCAAAUUGGAUUAAUUUGUUUUAUAUAUAUAGGUACACUGAAUAUGUAUUUAUUUUUAACAAGCUAGAGUACAAACAAAUCUCACAUCAUCAAUAAUGAUAAUGACUUAUGGUCAAUUAAGAAAACGUCCAACAGAUUUUCG